AUGACGAGCAUACCCUCUUCAACAAGUACUUCCACUACCACCUCUAUUGAACAAUUAAUUCGAGAACAACAAUAUGACAUUCCUCAACAUUUAAAUUCCAUCAAGAAGAGAAUGAUUGAAUAUUCUUCUCGUAAUUAUCAAAUAUUUCUCAAUAAUGAAAUGAUUUUUAAACGAGUGAAACAUGAAUCGGAACAAUUACAGAAUCAUGUCUUGAAAUUAUUAUGUUCAUCUUCGAACAAUAAUAAUAAUAACAAUAAUAAUAAUAACAAUAAUAAUAAUAACAAUCACAACAUUGAGAUGAAGUAUUCCUCCACUCGAUCAUUGUUACAAGCCUAUGAUCAGAGAGUUGAAGAAUUCUCGAAUCAUCAUCAUCAUUCCACAGCUCCACCUUCCUUUAAUGAUUUGAAAUCCAUUGCCAAUGAAUUAUUAUUGUCAAGUCAUUCGAGUACUAUUACUGGUUCUAGUUCGACUACUACUACUACAUCUAAGAAGAAGAUCAGUAGCCUAUCUGCUACUACCCCUAGUACUACUACUCCUACUACCACCAGUGAUAUUAUUACUACUCCUACUCCUGAAACUCCAUUCCACUUCACCGAUACUACUCCUACUACUCCUGAAACUCCAUCACCAACGACAUACUCCACAUCCAACCAAUUAGAACAAUUCAAACAAUUAUUAGAACAUUUACAACUCUUCAAUCAACAAGAAUACAAGUAUGAAAAACAUAAAAUUCAAUCCUCAUUGGAUCACUAUGAAAAGAUUCAAUCCAUUUUAGAAUUACCCUCUCUAUUAAGAACAUGUAUUCAAAAUCAAUUAUAUACAGAAUCAUUAGAUUUAUUUGAUUCAGCUCAUACUCUCUCUCAUCAAUAUCCAAAUAUAUCCUUAUUCAAUGAUUAUAUCAUGAAAGAAUGUGAAUAUUUAAUGAAAUCCAUGAUUCAACAAUUAAUUAACAAAUUGAAACAAGAUUCAUGUACGAUUAGAAACUCUAUUCAAAUUAUAUCUUUAUUGAAGAGAAUGCAAGUAACACAACAUGAAGAUGAAUUGAAAAUGUUAUUUUUACAAUGUAGAAUUCAUGCAUUGAAUCAACAAUUUGAAUUAUUGAAGAAUGAUGGAAACUCUUUGAGAAACGAUGGAAACUCUUUGAGAAAUGAUGGAAAUACUUUGAAGAAUGAAAUUACUUUUGAAUACAUGAUGAAAUUAACAAGUCUAUUUCGAAGUGGAUGUUUUGAUUUAAUUACUCAAUACAAGUCUGUAUUUUCAAAUCCAUCAUUCAAUAGUUGGAGUUAUGGUAUGAGUAGUGGUGGUGGUGGUGGUAUGAAUAGUAGUAAUAGUAUUAGUGGUAUGAAUAGUAUGAAUAAUAGUAGUAGUUCAAUUGGAAUGGAUCCAAUUCUCUCUUCUUGUAUGCUUCAUUUAAUUCAACCCUAUUUAAAUACAUUGAGUAGAUUUUUACAAUGUGAAGAUUAUGAUUUUAAUAGUAGUAGUAGUACUACUCACUCUAUCAUGACUACUACUACUACUACUACUGGUACUACGACAAUAACUACAACAACUCCAACAACUCCAACACCUCCAAAUCAAUCAAAUAUUACAACACCUCCAAAUCAAUCAAAUAUUACAACACCUCCAACCACUACUCAUUCAAUGAUCCAUACUGGUGAAGAAUAUAGAAAAUUAAUUGAUGAAUGCAUGUUCUGUGGUAAUACUCUAUGUAAAAUUGGAAUUGAUUUUAGACCACUGAUCACACAUUUAUUUACCAAAAAGAUUCAUUCUAAUUUUAAAUAUUAUUUAAAGAUGGCUGUGAAUCAUUUUAGAGAUUGUGUUGGAGUGAUGGGAAAUUAUAAAUGGAGAGAAUCAUUGAUCAAACCAUUAUUAUCCAAUCCAAGUUUUGGUUCCUCUUUGAAAUCAUCAUCAUAUUCAUCCUCAUCCUCGUCAUAUUCAUCCUCGUCAUCACCAUCACUGUACUCAUCACUUCCAAUAUCCACUGAAGAGACUACUUGGAUGAAUACCAAUAGUAGUACUACUACUUCUACCAAUACUACUACUACUAAUGGUAACACUUCAAACAUGUCUCCAUCAACAACAACAAGAAUAUUAGAAUAUCCUCCACUCGCUGAAUUAUUGAAUGAUGUAUUGAAUGCAUUGAAUGAAUUGAAAUUCACAUGUCCUAUGGAUUUACUGUUUACUCUCACUCAACAUGACAUUCCAAAUCUAUUCAUUGAACCUAUUUGUAAGAUAUUUAUUGAUAUCAAAAAGAAACAAUUACCAUAUUUUGAAUAUUCAGAAAUUAGACAUUACAAGGGAAUGUGUCAAUGUUUUUAUGAAGAUUUCAUGACAUGUUUAGCACAACAUUUGAGUUAUUUUUUGAAUCAGAGAGGAGGAAUGAAUGUUUGGAAUCGUCAUAGUAGUAGUAGUAGUCAUAGUGUGGUAGUCAUAGUAGUGGUAGUCAUAGUUGGUAGUCAUAGUGGUAGUAAUAAUGGUAGUAAUAAUAGUGAGGAUGGUCAAACGCACAUGAUGAUGAUGGAUACUCCUCUCUUACGUUUUGAUCCUUUUAUUGAAAGAUUGAAAAAAGAAAUUCAAGAUGUAUAA